AUGAAAUUACCCAUUUCGCUCAUUAUUAGAUUCGCAGAGAUUGCCACAGCGGGAAAGCAACGAAGGGCAAUGACAGAAUGCAAUGGGCAUUGGUAGCGUAACAGCGUCGGCAAGCUGCGGGAGAAGGAGAAAGCAUCCAACAGUACAGCGGCAGCUGGUGGAAGUUCAAGAGGACACUUGGGGCUGAGUUAAUAAGCCGUCGCGAAAGAUCGCGCGGCUCUGCCUGCAUUCGCCACGCAUCCUGCAGCCUACAAAAGUCCGCGCUGGUGGCGCAGGAAACGACGGAGGCGACGCGCUGCUGCUGCUGUUGCUGCUGCUGCUGCUACUGGUGCCGCCGCCGCUCUUAUCAACCACUCCGACAGCGUCAACGGCAGUUCGUGACAGAGCGAGAGCAGCAUCAGCGCCAGCAGGAUGUUCACGGGAGUGAUCUGCCGGCGCAACUGGGCAUUACGCUUGUCGAUCGUGCUCAACGUGUGCGUGCUGCUCUACGUGUGCGCGCACUUUGGCGCGGUCUCGGGGCCGUGGGUCGAGGACACGUACAACGCUGCUGCUGCCGCCGCCGCCUCGCCGUCCAAUCCGGCGAGCAGCGUUCAGCAGGACAUGCUGUAUGGAGCCGCGCCAAGGCCGAAUUCGACCAGCGGUACGUCGACGGAACAGCAGCAGGGCAAGCUCGUUCAAGAGAAAUCGCCGUUGCCGGCGUCUGCUGUGCCUCCUGCUGCCCCCGCUGCUGCUGCCGUGGACUUCAAAACUAACGAGAGCAAACCUGAGAUCGCAGUCAAUGGCGAACAGGACAAAAAGAUCAAUCUGACGCAGCAGCAGCAGAUCACUCAACAGAACGCCAAGAGAGAAUUGACACUGCAGGAGGCAAUUUCUUGCAAUGACAAAUCCAGCGAACCGAAAACUGCGCAAAGGGGUGACUUUUGGGUUCUCUACAACUACGUUACCAUGAGCGAUAAGCCGCACUGUUGGGAGAGCGUAACGUACACGACACACGCAGAUUACACAUUCCUGGACAAUUUAAAUCCAUUGCUGGAGCGUUGGCGAGCGCCGAUCUCGAUAGCCCUUCAUGCCCCAGGCGGAGACUUUCCGCCAACGAUCGAGGCCAUCAAGUACGCGCGUACCUGUGGUAGUCCCUUGGUAGCCAAACUCGUCACUUUCCACGUCUACUUCAGCUCUAAACACGUGCCAAAAAUGAUACCGUCGGGCGAGAAGAUAGCCGCCGAGAAAGUGAAUUGUAGCAAGCCAGCCCCGUGGGUCAACGCAAGCGUGUCUCACAUGUACAAAAGCGAUCACAAGCUUCUGUACCCGGUGAACGUAGGUCGCAACGUUGCUCGCGAAUCAGCACCGACGCAUUACGUGCUUGCGAGCGACAUCGAACUCUAUCCAUCGCCCGAUUUACCAGCUAAAUUCUUGGAGAUGAUCAGACGCAACGACCAAGCGCCAUUGCAUAAACCUAAUCCUAAGGUAUUCGUGUUGUCGAUUUUCGAAGUUGACGAGAAGAGUCUACCACCGGCCAACAAAACCGCCUUGAUGCAAAUGCUGAAAGCCGGCACGGCGAUACCGUUUCACAAGAAGCUCUGUUCUGGCUGUCAUAACGUGCCACGUAGCAAGGAGUGGCAGGAGGCAGCUGAGACGAGCGGCCUACACGUGUUCCAUGUGGGCAAGCGAGUCGGCAGCUUCAUACAUUGGGAGCCUAUCUACAUUGGCACCAACAACGACCCGCUCUACGACGAGCGACUCAGCUGGGAAGGCAAAAGCGACAAGAUGACUCAGGGCUACGCGCUAUGCGUUCUGGACUACGAUUUCAUGAUUCUAGACAACGCCUUCCUCGUGCACCGUCCUGGUAUCAAAGUGUUCAAGAAGGAUAACUACCGCGACACACUCACAGCGAAGACGAAUAUUCUUAUCAAGAAAAUCAUCAUUCCUGAAUUGAAAAUCCUUUACGGUACUCGGAAGGGUUGUGCCGUCUAGUCCAUGCCUAAGGGGGUUAAAGUGCCAAAGAGUCGCUUCGACUUUAACUCCCAAGAACGCUUAUACCAAGUGCGCCAAGUAGUGGCUAAGCCACGUAUCUCGCGAUAAAAGAAAAUGGAAAACGUCGCAACGCAAGAGAGGUAUAUGACUUUUUUCAUUCUUUUGUGAACAAUUCAAACUUGCUGUAUAUACCAGAGCUACUGUGCUUUCGCAACUUUAGCGGGAGGUCGUGUGGUUUUUAUUUGUAUUGUAAGUGCUUCGCUGAAUAAAGUGAUAAUUCGAAGCUAGACACAGUUAUCGAUGAUGACAGUGAGUGCUUUUAUUUUGGUUCGCGAUGAAAAUUAUUUUAUUAACUUGACGACAGCUUCUAUUUGAAAUCGAAUAUACGAUUGGUGCUUAUAUAGAUUUACAUAUUGGAAAGUGAAUAUACGGAAAGAUAAAUUGGUUGUGAGCUUGAUUGAUCAUCGAUCGCGUAAUGUUCACCUUGAAUGCGGUAAAAUAUGUCACGGAGAGCUUCUUAUGCUAAGGGAUGAAUAUUAUUUUGUAUUUUUGACGAAAUAAGUUUUAUAACUUAAUGGAAAUUUAAAAAUAACUAUUUGAUUUGCCAUUUCCGAGAGAUAACUGCACAAUGACAACUAUGCUCACAUCGU